AUGAAGGAAAAAGAAGACAUGAAGGCUGAUAAAUUUCAGUCAUGUACCAGAAUAAAAAGACCACCUGUUCAAAAUGUGGAAGGAAAUUGGGAGUUUCCAGUUGUGCAAAUGACUCAAGCCUCUAGGGAUUCAUAUGAUUUCAGAAAGCGCACUGAUCCCAUCACAAUAAAAGAGGCACUUCCACGGAAAGGAUUAGACAAGGUGAAAGAAAAAACAGUCAAAUUGGCAGAGACCCAUUUUGACUUGACUUCAGAAGAAGAGCACAAAAGUUUUGAUGAUGCUCAAUGUACCCAGUCUCAGGUAUUUUCUGAGGAUUCUCCACAGAUGUGUGUUUCUCACUCAUCUGGAGAGAAACAUCAUAAAGCAAAAGAGAAAGAAGAUGGACAUGUCCAUGAUUCUGUUUGCCUAUUGAAAACCCAGAAAGCAGUUCUAUCACUUCAAAGAAUAAUAAAAAGCAAAAAAAGUCACUGCACACAGUGUUCACUACAUUUUGAAAAAAAUGCACAACUGGAAAAUGAGAUUCAUGAGCUAAAAAAGAGGGUAUCAGAGUUUAAGCAAGAAAAUAUAGAAUUGAAACAACAACUCCACAAUUUGAGAUAUACCUUAAAAGAAGAUGAGGUGAAGAGAAAAAUGAUGAUAUGUUACAUGAAAAAAAUAAGAACCCAUUAAAAGAAAAAGAAACAGAAUUUAACAAAGAGGAUCAAGAGAGAAAGCAAGCUGAAAUCUCUGUUUGUACAAUAGAUACAGAAUUGGAGACUGCAAGAAAUCAUUUUAAUCAGGUAAAUGAACAUUCACUAAAGUUUUAAAUUUUUACUGUAUUUCAUUUGAAUUAUUUAUAAAAUCCCUUUAACUUACUGUAUGUGGCCAUAUUUCACUUAAUGAUGGCAAUGUGGUCUGAGGAAUGUGCUGUUUGGCAAUUUCACCAACAUGCCGUCAUCAUGUGUGUGUACUUCCACACACUUCAGACAUCUCCCACAAUGCCAGGAAACACAGACUUAUAGGACCUCCAUUUAUAUGCAGUCUGCUGUUUCCCAAAGCAUGGGUAUGUGGGGUGUGAACUACUAUUUUGAUUUAAAACACAAUGUGCAU